AUGACAUCAUCUGCUGAGGAAGACAUGUUCUUCUCCAAUUUUGCCAGGCAUUUGUUGGUCAGGAAGAAGUCCGAUGACAUAUGUGAGGAUCCCAAGGCCCAGUUAACUGAAGAUGGCACAGAUGACGAUAGACCAUUAGAGGAAUCUGCAGAGAGCUCUGGCUCUGACAGCGACUGGGCUAAAUCGGAAGAGCAGCGAAAGAAGGCAGAGCAUAGUGCAGAUCCUAUGCACACACCCAGGCUGUCUGCAGAGGACAAGCAGAAGGGAAAAGCAGUAGCAGAUGUCCAUGUCGAUGAUUUAGAGGGCUCCAAUGAAGAAAACAGGCCUGAAGACGGGGAUGAGGACACAUAUAAAGCAGGCAGACUAUCUAAAGAAGCCAUUUCGGCAGUGCAUGAUUUUGGCAAGAGGGUCAAGGCAGAAGCAACCAAAAUUGGCAAACAGUUUGGGAAACAUUGGCAGGUAAUUCUGACAGAAGCAGGACUAGCGAGGAAGGCAACACGCAAGGAGUUCAUCUGGAAUCAGCAUCAAGCCUGGUUUAAAACUGUACUGCACCCAUCUAAAGCAGUGAGCUUGCAGGCAUGGAAAGCUAAGCAAGCUGAGCAUUAUUAUGCCCAUUUGCACAAGGACCCUAAGAACGCAGCUCUGUGGAAGCAAAUUCGGGAGCAUUUUGAUCAUGCAGUUGCCACUCCUGACAAUCUAUCCUCAUGUGAGUCAUGCAGCCUUAUGAUGGAAGUUUGUGAAAUGUUUGCAAAAUCGGCUUUGUAUUGGCACUGCACGCACAGAAUUCAUGUCGCUGGUAUCGUUAUCUAUCCAGGGGAUGAGGAAUCUGGCCACCAGGCCUCAGGCUUUUUUGCGGGGCCUGGUAUAGUAAAGGCCCUCAUUGACGCUCAAAAAGUAGAUGCCAAGCAUGUGAUAGAUGAAAUCACGAUGAUCCUUAAGUACAAGGACUUGGAGGCUGCACAAGCAGAAGGCAAGAGUAUUAGUUUUCUCCUACCCCCUGCCGCAGUUCCCAAUGGUUCGCUUCUAUGCAAUGGUAAAUCAGACAGGGAUAGAAAUCGUAUGGUGGCACCUGUCAUUAUCAGUGAAGCAUUUGCUGAUGUUGGUCAAGCAUUGAAAACCUCAAAUAGUAGAUGGAUGACAAUGCUUGAUGUCUUAUACUUGACAAGGCUGUGUAUCUAUGACUGGCCCACAGGAGUUCCGCCUCCUGGCCCUGAUUUUGAUCUCAAAUCACUAUCUGCAAGUCAGUUGCACGCUUUGGUCGGUCCAUAUCUGAGGAAACAUCUUGAGAAAGCCAGGAUGAUUAAGUGGAAAGGCAAGUCCAAGAAGUCUAACGAGAAUAGAAGAACCAAGGGUGCAUUUGUGGAGGAGCCUGAUGUUGUCUUAACCAUUAGGGAAUGGAGUCCUCUUCAGAUGCAAGACCUUACUUCAUACUUGGAUUCAGAGAAAUUUGUCAAGGACCUCCCUCCCCAUGUUACUUGCAAGCAACUCGCCACAACAAUUCAUGAAGAGUAUCCGAACCCGGAUGCAAAGCUUUGUACUCGCACCAGCAGGUUUCAUGUUCACAUGGAGCUACGGCUCCACGCUCCAACCCAGUGGCUCCAUGCCCUAACCUUGCAGCUCUGUGCCCACACCAUGGGGCUCCACGCUCAAAACAAGGAGCUUCACUGUAAAGAUACAACAAUGCUUGAUACUAUACAAACAGAACCUGUCGAGACAUCUGGCAUGCCACUUGUGUCACUCCGUCUGGAUGAAAAAAGCACUGAUGAACCUGGUAGAUGUUCUGGCCAUGCCAAUGCAGGAACAGGAGGUAGGAAUGCUCAAUUGGAGAAGAUCAGCACAUUGUUAGAAGCUCUGUCUUGGGUACACCGACCUAAGGGCUCUACAUCCCUUGAUUCUACUGUUCCUGUCAACCCUCGGGCUCCAGAACCACCUUGUGGCAAGGGCCGAGGCCGUCAUCCAAAGGUUGCACCCCCGCCAUAUACUUCAUCGGCUACUACAAAUGUUCCUAACACCUCAUGCGCAGACGUCGGUACCGUGGAACCCUUACAGCCUCUUAAUCUCUUGUUCCAUCAAGCUGGAGGGAGAUUUGUGUUCACUACACAUGCCACUGCUGUCCCUCCUGAUCCAGGUCUAAACACUGUUGGGAGGAAAGUCGUUGGGAAGCAAUCUCGUAAAAUUGUAACUGGCCCUAGUGUAGCUAAUUCAGUCGCACCCCCAACUGGCUUCCUGGACCAGAACAUAUGUGAUGUCCAUGCGCAAGGAAUUGUUGAUUCUGACGAUGAAGACGACAACAAUGACAACAAUGACGAUGAUGACAACAAUGAAGAACAGGAGGAAGAGGAGGAGGAGGAGAUGAGUCACUGGCAGUUUGGCUGGGGGGAGGUUGGUGGACAUCACACUGAACAUCCAGGUAAUGUGUUUGCAACUCUCCUGCGUGUUCAGAGGCAAACUACCAGGAUUAGAUUUUCUGGGCAAGAGCUUCCUUUGCAACCUCAAGUCACUUGUCCUCUUACACCAGACUUUGAGUUUCAAUAUUCCCGCGAUGAAGAUGACGCGGUUGCACAGACCAGUGUCUCACAUGCAGUUAAUCCUUCCAUGUCAUCCAUCCAGUGGUCCAACAGUUCACAGAUUCCUCUGGAUACCUUGCACAUGCAGCCACAGCCGCAGGAAGUUCAGAUCAUGAUGUUGCAGCCCGACGAUGUAUUAAAAUGCCAUCACAAGAAGAAUGGCCGGCCACGCCUUCCUGAUCCUGAAACCCUCAAGUUGUUGCAUCAAGUCAAGUCCAACGAGGACCAACCAACCCAGCGGCCAAAGCCCACUCAACUAGCAUGGUAUGGUCCACAAUGGAAAUGUUUUCUUGAGGAUGCUAAAGGAGAAUGUUGUGUGCAACAUGCCCUGGAGAAUCCCUUCCCAGCUUUAGUUGCUGAUUUACCAUUGUCUGUAAGCGAGGUUCUUGUUUCAGUCUUAGUUACAUGGGACCAGGAUGGUAAACAAUUUGAAGCCGAGAUUUGGCCGCAACAGAAAUCUAACAUGGCUCGUCUGUUGUAUGAUGAUCUUGCAACCUGGCGAUCCGACUUGAAGAAAUCUGCUAUGAGCCUUGCGCCCCAAUCAUACUCGCUCAUUCCCCCACCUUCGGUCCCCAUUCCAGAACGUGCAGAGUGGUAG